AUGAAAUUCGUCGUAACUACUGGCGUGAUCGCCAUCGCGAUGGUGGUCGCGACUUUGCAUCUGACUGCCAUCAACGUUUCAGCAGCCAUCCCUAGUUACUGGAAAACAGAAGUCGUGUUGUGCAACGAAACUUCGAGCCGUUGCAUGGGUGCACACAUAGGCUGCCCCGAGGAAUGCCCCUCCACUCGAAGACCGAAUGCCGAGGGCAAAAUUUGCCAUGUCGAAUGCGACCACCCGAUUUGUAACGCCGGGUGCAGGACGCGCAAACCGAACUGUGACGCUCCAGGAUCGGCUUGCUACGACCCACGUUUUGUGGGCGGCGAUGGCAGAGUGUUCUACUUCCACGGCAAGAGCAACGAGGUCUUCACCUUGGUCUCAGACCCCAACUUCCAGAUCAACGGACAUUUCAUCGGCCACCGGCCCGUCGCUAGACCCCGUGAUUUUACAUGGAUUCAAUCCUUCGGAAUCCUCUUCGACUCCCACAAAUUCACCCUCGAGGCCACUAAGGCCGCGACAUGGGACAACGAGGUGGACCAUAUGAAGUUCACCUACGAUGGCCAAGACCUUUCGGUCGAAGAAGGCUCUCUCUCCGCCUGGUCCUCCCAGGACAUCACGGUGGAGAGAGUUUCGAGCAAGAACAGUGUCAUCGUCACGAUCAAGAACAAGGCCGAGAUCCUGGUGAAUGUGGUGCCGGUGACCAAGGAAGAUGACAGAGUACACAAGUACCAAAUACCGGAACAUGACUGUUUUGUCCAUCUGGAAGUCCAGUUCAGGUUCUUCCAUUUGUCGCCGAAUGUCGAAGGGGUACUGGGCAAGACUUACCAGCCCGACUUCGAGAACGCUGUCGCGAAACCGGGCAAGGCAAUGCCCGUCAUGGGAGGCGAGGAUGAGUACAGAACCUCGGACCUUCUCUCUGCAGAAUGUGGUGCUUGCAUCUUCUCCAAAGCAGAGGAACAGAGCUCAAAACAGGGGAUGGGCACUAACUUUCCUACCCUUGACUGUACCAGGGGAGCUGCUGCUGCUGCUGGAUAUGGGAUUGUUUGCAGGAAGUGA